AUGAUCAAACCUACUCCAUCUCAGCAGGAGGUUAUUAAAAGCAAGUAUGAACCAGGUUCUACUAUCAAGGUGGUAGCUGGUCCAGGAUCUGGUAAGACAUUGACUCUUAUGCUGAAGGUGAGGGCCAUGGUUUUAGAAGGAGUUGUGCAACCUGACGAAGUUCUCAUUUUAUCAUUGACCAACAAGGCCGUAGAUAACGCAACGGAGAAGCUGCUACAGGUCUUCCAGGAAAUCGACACAUCAAACGGACCAGAUUGUUCUGUUGCUGAAAUUGUCUCGCAGAUUAAUAUUUCUACUCUUCAUGGCCUUGCCAAUAGGGUGGUGGUCGAAAACGAGGGUUUGAUCAACAUUAUCGAAGAGAAUGGGUGGAGAAGCUUGCUGAAGCUCAUACCUCCUGAGAUCUUGCGGAAACUAGGUCCCAGCAACUCAGGUGCCGCAUUGACACCCAGGAUGUUUGAACGGCUCUUUCGUGACUAUCAGAUCGAAGGCAAAUCCAAAAUCAAAGACGCUGUUAUGGAGCGCAUAAUCAGUAUCAUGCGGGGUUCUAAAGUGGUCACAAACGAUGAAUUGAUUGUGCUCGCAGCGAAACAUCUGGACGAAGCUAGUAGUACAUCAACUGUGAAACCUUCAACCACGUUCACUCAAGAUCUACUCAACAAAUAUAAAGUAAUAGUGGUUGAUGAGUUCCAGGAUCUUUUUCCGUCUCUUUUCCCACUUCUCGAAAGCAUUUCUCGCGAUAAGCAGCUCAUUUUAUUUGGGGACCCUCAUCAAAGCAUAUACGGGUUUCUAGGUAACAACAAAGCACUGAUGCGAUCGCUGGAGGGGUGUCGACCUUCUCAAGGUUUCAGCACAUAUUACUUACGUGAUAAUUUUCGCAGUACACCUGAGAUAUCGCAGUUUUCAUCUUCUCUGAUUUCUCGGGAUAUUCCAGCUGCUCAAGAGAUAUCUUAUUCAAAGCCUCCGAUGGGUCUGCAACCUCAAGCAAUCACAACUUUGGAUCCUAACGAGGAACUCGAAAUUGUGGUCAGAGAAAUUUCGCGCCUGGUUACUAAUUCUGCCAAGCUUUCAGAUAUUGCCAUUCUAACUCGAACUAAUGUACAGGUAAGCACUGUCGCGAACUUUUUGAAAGCAUACGGGAUACCCUAUGAGAAGCUUACUGCUCAGCCAGAUUGGAUCAAUGAUAAAGGUAUUAAGUACUUGACUGAUUUGGUUAAGCUAUGCGUGCUCGUUGACAAAGAAAAAAGGUCUGCUGAUGAUGCGGAUCAGACCACAACUUUUAAAAGUGAUUUUAGUGUAAUUAUUACAUUAAGCGCCUCUAAGGGAAUUAGCAAUCAGGUCCUGCAAGCGCUUUUUACUGAAGCAAGAGAAUCCAACACGUCUUUAUGGAGCGUAAUUGCAGACGGAAGAACAACUGCGGUAUCAGCAACGAACAAGAAAAAGAUUCGCAACUACGUCAAAAAUAUAGAGAUGCUCAUGGACCAACUGAAGGCCAACCCAAAUCCGGAACCUAUUUCAUUGAUAACAACAGUGGCCGAGGCCGCAUUCAAGCUUGGUUAUUGUGCCGACGGUAUGGAAAGUUUGGAAGCUGCUGCCAUUUUCAAAAAACAUAUCGCAGAAUGGCUCACAGCACUUAAAAGGUGUUCAGAAACCAAACCAGACAACGUUUCCUCGAUAGAGUGGUUUUCAGAAACGCAGUUCGAUCAAAACCACUCGUCCAAUGCAAGCCAGAAUCCGCUUAAGGAUCAAGAUUUAGGAGCAGUCAAGCUCUCAACCAUACACUCCUCGAAAGGCCUCGAGUUUCCCAUUGUGUUUUUGCUGGGAAGCUCAACUUCGGCUUUUUCGAUAGAGAAGAACGCACUUUACGUGGGUAUCACCAGAGCCCGCAAUAUACUGUAUCUGAGCAACAUAUUUAACGAGCGUCUGCCGUCAUUAUCAUCAUGUUGCGAAGUCAAACCAUGGGACAGGCAGGUAUGGCAUUAUUACAAUUCAGAUCUCAAGAGACCUUACGCUAUGAAUCAAAUCAAAGGUCAUAACAGUUUCCGGUUAUUGACGAAAAAAUAUGGCCUGGCCUCGCCCUCCAGAACUCUCUGUACCUUUUCUGUACGUGCAUCACAUUCAUUAAAAUAUGUAUUGAGGUAA